UGUUGGCGUGGAGAAGCAUGUUUAGGAAGUUGGUGGCGUGCGCCAUGGUGUCGAGGAUGCUUUGAAAGGAGUAAUGCGAUGAGAGAUCAGCACCCCCGCGGAGACUCCUCAGCUCAUAUCGUCUGGAGCAGUUGACAUGUUUGAGAGUGCUCGAGUCACCCGUGUGCAGAAACGCGGUGACGACCCGCGGAAGAUCCUCUUCGAUCUUAUGCGCCACCACGGUUCGCUCGGUGAUGGAGGGGUUGUUGGAGAUGGUCGGGUGGUGGUGCGGCGUGUCUUUAGUAUGAGGCGUGCUAUCCGAGACGACUGGCCUGGAUACGCUUUGGAUCUUUUCACAUAUCCCAAACAUUACUCGGAGGAUCUGGAGUGCGUAUACAUUCCGCAUGGCGUUAUCAUGGAUAGGAUAGAGAGACUGGCGAGAAACAUCAUGGAUGAUCUUGGUGAUCAUGACAUCGUGGUGCUGUGUGUGUUAAAGGGCGGCUAUCAGUUCUGUGCUGACCUUGUGGAACGCAUUAAAGUCCUGUGCUGUAACUCCAGCAAGACUCUUCCCAUGAGAGUGGACUUCAUACGUCUGAAAAGCUACCUGAAUGAUCAGUCAACUGAAGAUCUCCAUAUAGUAGGAGCAGAGAAUCUGUCUGCGCUGAGUGGAAAGAAUGUCCUUAUUGUGGAGGCCAUUGUGGACACUGGAAAGACCAUGAAGACUUUGCUAGAUCACGUUAAAGCCUUCAGGCCCAAGAUGAUAAAAGUAGCAAGUUUGCUGGUGAAGAGGGUGCCCUGUGGGACAGGUUACGUGCCAGACUAUGUUGGAUUUGAGAUUGCCAAUCGUUUUGUUGUCGGUUAUGCCUUGGAUUACAAUGAAUACUUCAGAGAUCUGCAUCACUUAUGUGUGAUCAGUGAUAGUGCCAAACAAAAAUAUAAGGUCUGACGAUGACAAACUCACCCCUUAGAUCAACAUAUGAAAUUUGACCCGGGAGGAUGGAGGCUGUUCAUGCAUCACAUACAGUAUUAGCAAAGAUGUUUCUCUUGGUCCAACCUCUUUGGCUGUUUGUAAUUGUAAAUGCUUACUACUUUCUAAAUACUAUGCAGUAACCUAGGCACUGUUUUUAGCAAAUGUAAUAUGAAAAUGUGCAUACUUUUGUUACAGUAUUCUAUUACAAACAUAAGAGGCUAUUUGUCUGUCAAUCAGUCAGUCAGUUUAUUGGGUAUUUUAUUACAAGGUGUGUUCAAGACUGUUACAUAUUUUUAACUGUUGUGUUUUACCCAUCCAUGUGAAGUUGUUUACGUAUGCUGUCAUAAAUUUGGCUGGGUAAUUUAUAACACUUAACACAUACAUUAUGCUACCAGCCAGUUUCUUUCAGAAACGAUCAAAUGUGAAAUAGCUUAAAAAAUGUACGAGAUACUUUUAUAAGUUUUGUUGUUUUGUAUUCUUGUUUACAUUUUAUAAUGCAUUUUAUAAUAUUCUAACAGCAUUAAAAUGAAAUUUCGUAUUCAUUGUAACAUA